GCGGUGACAUCUGGCCAGUUAUCAUGGCAGGCAGGACUCUGUACCGACUGAACGGUGUUGCGCAUAUUGCCGGUUCUAUUGGUGACGAGCCCACUAGGUGUAUAUACAGUGUGAGACGGCAACAGAAUAUGCCCUUGCAUGAUAGGAUCAUCCCGUAUUUAGAGAGGGUUGGAUUGUACCAUUUGGCCAGGCUAAAUAGCGAAUGGUUCUGGUUGGAUGAGCCACUGGUUAGUGCGUUCGUUGAGAGGUGGCGUCCUGAGACGCAUACGUUCCACCUGCCUUUCGGAGAAUGCACAGUGACAUUGCAGGACGUGGCAUUCCAGCUAGGGCUGCCUGUGGAUGGUGAGGCUGUGAGUGGUUGCCUUGGUGAGUUUGAGACAUACAUGGAGGGUGGCCGACCAGCUUGGGAGUGGUUUGAGGACCUAUUUGGUGAGCGCCCUCCACCGAAUAAGGUCAAGCAGAUGACAGUACACUUUACAUGGUUUCGCGAUAGGUUUAGGGUGCUACCAGUAGAUGCGAGCGAGGAGACUGUCCGCAUCUACACACGGGCCUACAUCAUGAUGAUGUUAUCGACUCAGUUAUUUGGGGACAAGAGUGCGAACCGGGUACAUAUACGGUGGUUGCCAUUUGUGGCAAACCUUGAUGACAUGGGGAGGUAUAGCUGGGGGUCGGCCGCUCUGGCAUGGCUGUACCGAUGCAUGUGUCGGGUAGCGAACAGAAAUGUGACUAAUCUUACGGGCCCGCUCCAGUUGCUACAGAGUUGGAUAUUCUGGCGGUUUCCGUCUUUGAGGCCGGAAGGGUUUGAGGCUUUCUCUUUCCCACUGGCAUCCAGGUGGUCUGCCUACUUACCUCCUAACGAUGGAAAGGAGCAGAGAGUCAUAAGGUAUCGGCUUGCAUUGGAUCGAUUGACCGCUUGUGAUGUAAGUUUUAUAGCAGUUAGAGUUUUUAUUUUUGCUUCGCUAUCUAAAUGUGACUAG